AGGAGAGGGUAGUCGCUGCCAUUCCAUUCACUACUCACUCUCUAUUUUCUUAUUAGCUCGUUUGGAUCUGGCAGCAGGGCUUUUGUUUCUCAGCUGCGGCGACUUGUUUUGCGUCGCGCAAUUUAGCACGCUGCACAGAUUGGGAUCUCAGGUAAAGGUGUGGGAGUGCAGCGGAGAGAAGGAUCGACAGAGGCUGCUACUGUAGGUCAGGUAAUUUUAUGGCCCUUUAAUUUAAACCCACGGCGUAGUAACACCGCGCGCUCGCCUAGUUUUUUCUGUCUUUCUUUUUUUUUUCGCGUCCGCGAUGUUCAAGACGGCCAAUUACCCGACGGUGGAUCCUGCGCCCACCAUCAUGCACGGCACUUGGUUUGCCACGGGGUGCCGAGAAAACACGCCCGUGGCGGUGGAGAAACCUAAGAAAAAGGCGUUCAGCCUGGUCAAAAUAAUGUCCCUGAGCAGCAAGAAGGGACACGGCCAGCAUCCGCACCACAACAACAACAUGCCUUUCACGAUCCACUGUCACAUCGGGAAAGAGAUAAAGCACAUUUGCAGCAAUUGCAGCCGCGGGAACGACACGCAGGACGCUGAGGAGGUAGAGAGGCUGGCCGCCAUGCGUUCCGAGUCCUUGCUCUCUGGCACCCACACUCCACCCAUCCGUCGUCGAAGCAAGUUUGCCACCCUGGGACGGCUCCUCAAGCCCUGGAAAUGGAGGAAGAAGAAGAGCGAGAAGUUCAAGCAGACUUCUGCUGCUUUGGAGAGGAAGAUGUCCGUCCGACAGAGCAGAGAUGAGCUUAUCAAGAGAGGAGUGCUGAAGGAGAUCUUUGAAAAAGCUACGGUUGAAUUCCGAUCCUCGAUGGACGGCAGCGUCUGCACUCAGGAGCCCCCUCUUAAGUCGUCUAUGGUCCUGCCCACCAAGAAAUCUGUCACCUUUCCAGGCGACCAUCAGGACACCCCCGCCAAGCCGCCCCUCUACCACAAACAACCUCCUGCUCUCCCUCCGAAGCCUUUCUCUAGGAUCCCAAACCAUAGCACAGAUUCUUGCCAGCCAAUGAAGUUGCCCUGCAUGCCAGGCAGUAAGCACUCUCCACCUCUGCCUCCCAAGAAAGUGAUGAUUUGCGUGCCUCCGGGGGGGCUGGACUCCUCCUCCUCCCCGUCCCCGUCCCCGAACCCGCUCAGCGGCCUCGGGCAGAAGUGCGGGCCGCCGCCCCACCACAUCGCCCUGCUGCCCUCUCAGCUCGCCGGCCUGUCCGGCUUCCACCAGAGCCACGGCCACCCGCUCCAGCUGCAGUACGGCAGCUUGCACACCCCCAGCCGGAUCAUCGAGGAGCUCAAUAAAACCCUGGCGCUCUCCAUGCAGAGGUUUGAAAGUUCUGCUUUGCACGGCGGCGGUCAGUGCGCUCCCCUGGACAGGAGAGAAGUGCCAUCUGUGAUCAUCGACUACGAGGACGACAAGGAGAACAUGCCGAGCGAGUCUGACUACGAAGACCUGCCCAGCAUGUACAAGGACGACGAGGACGACGACGUGGAUGACGACGAGGAUGACGACGAAGAUGACGACUCCAUAUUUACGAGUACCCUGGCUCAGAAGGUGCUAAGAAAAGACUCUCUGGCCAUCAAGCUGAGUAACCGUCCUUCCAAGAGAGAGCUGGAGGAGAAAAACAUCCUGCCCAUGCAGACAGAUGAGGAGAGGCUGGAGUCUAGGCAGCAGAUAGGCACCAAACUCACCAGGCGCUUGAGUCAGAGACCCACGGCGGAGGAGCUUGAGCAGAGGAACAUCCUUAAACCUCGCAACGAGCAGGAGGAAAUAGAGGAGAAGAGGGAGAUCAAACGGAGGCUAACGCGAAAGCUGAGCCAGAGGCCCACUGUGGAGGAGCUGAGACAGGCCAAAAUCCUCAUCCGAUUCAGUGACUAUGUGGAGGUGUCUGACGCCCAGGACUAUGACAGACGGGCAGAUAAGCCUUGGACCCGCCUCACAGCAGCUGACAAGGCAGCUAUAAGGAAGGAGCUGAACGACUUCAAGAGCAACGAGAUGGAGGUGCACGAGUCGAGUCGCCAUUUAACCAGGUUUCACAGACCAUAGUAGACCAUCACUGUCUAGGGCAGUGCCGGAACCGGCGCUCUCCUCCACUGAGAACCUUAAGUGCUGGACAGUAAAAUGGUGCCCGUUUCUACGACAAGGCCAUGUCUUCUGAAAUGCCUUUUCAAGACCCACACAACUGAGUCGGUACUACGCCACAAGAUGCAGACACCCACUACUCCAUCCACUGUAGUAGCACAUAAUGACUCCAGUUGAUUCACAUCGCCCCUCUGUGGAAUUUGCUCGACUGUCUCCUAAAAUCUCUCUGCUGGGCUCUCAGGCAGGCGCUCAGCUCUGCGGCGACGGCGGAAGAAUUAUUAUCUUUUUUUUUUUUUUUUUUUUUUUUUGGUUUGCAGCUGCGACACCUGCCCAGAGGGCGACUGUAUUUUGGUUCUUCAAUAACACCAUUAGACUCGUCUCAGUGGACAUGUUGUUACCCCACUUCUUGAUUACGUUCCGGACUCCCACAGCCCUAAAUGGACAACUCUGUGCGAAAGAUGCAGGGUCGAAUGUUCUGUCCACUGCGUCGGCGGAGGACCCACCUUUGUCGCAUCUGCCGGGACCUCUGAAACGUCUGAGAAAGACACACAGGAAAGAAGGAGGCGUCCCAACAUUAGAAUCAUGUGCAAUAUUUUUUUUUUCCCCUUCUGCUUCUCCUAGACUUAUAGCACCCCCUAGGGUUCUCUCAGUGUCAUUACUGUGUAGUCUGACUUCAUCAUGUGCAAUUCUCACUGUACCGACAUCUAAUUGCUAACUGUGAAUCUGAGGGUUUUCGGCUGAAGCCUGCGCUCUCUCCAAAUGUACAUUUUGUUCAUAUCGAAGAAGAAAAAGUCACAUUUAAAGAAGAAUCCCGCUUGAACCGAGUUUUAUUCAUGUCACAGUCUUAGAAAUUUAAUGUAAAAAAAAACAAACAAACACAAAAAAAAUUGCAGCUGGUAGAUUACAUUCUGGUUCCAGUGCAAACGAUUUCUAUAUAUAUAUUUUUUGUCAGGUUUAAUUGUUUUUAAAUAGAGGCACUUGGAUCACGAGCAGUUGAUUUCUGUGUUUGUAUUCAUCUCAGCGAUUUGAAUUUUUUUUUUUGUUUUUGAAACUGAACAUCAAGAGGUGAACAUCGCUCUCUGUUUUUAUUUUUUUUGUUCGCAGCAGUGUGUUAAAUGAUCUUCGCUCAUAACGUGCAUUGUAUGAUACACUUUACUUUUAUACUUGUGUCACUCGAGCUUUUGACGAAGCAAUACCCAUCGUUUGUAGGGAAAAUGUUAAAACUGCAGGUGUAACCCCCCUCCCCUCCCACCGUUGUUUUUUACUGUGCAUAUACACUAUGCCUGCACUUCAGGGUUUUAAGUUUUCUUUUAUAUGUUACUUUUAGAAAGGCUUUAUUGUGGAGGACAGCAUUUUUCUUGACUGAGCCACCCAAAGAAAUCUGCCUCUUUGACAGCUUUAUGGACAGACAAGGUUUGAAACAGACGAGCGCUGAUUUAGUUCGCUCACUGAGUCAGGAUUUUUAAAUAUUCCCUAUCGCUUAAAUUCUUUGCACUGUUAAGAGUUUGGCUUUACGACGGUCGUUGUUUUCGGGGGUUAGGGUCCACAUGUGUAAAAUAUGGUUGGUUUUCUGAGCUGUAACCGGUUUGUCUUUACACUUUAAUGAUAUUGAUCCUACACCAGUAUUCCAGUGCUCAUGAGCUUUACGUGCACAGAAUAUUUUUUAUUAUUUUUUACUUACUUUUAAAGCUGCAAUAUGGAAUUCCUGCCGGGUGAUGAAAUGGCAGCAGGGUUGAAAAGGCUGUUGGCCGCCUACUGAAAUCUGCAAAGGAACAUAUGUUCUCUCUUAUAUUCAAGGUCUUGAUCCGUGAUAGAUGACCCAGUUAAACUAACUGGGAAGUGACGACAUAAAAAUAGUUUUUGCACUGCAUGGUUCGUAUGUGAAAUAAUAGCUUUUAUUUUUCGUUAGUGUUUUCUGUUAGUUUCUCAUCGAAAUCUGUACACAAGUCAUUCUUUUGUCACAUUGCCCUAUCUUUCAAAAAAAAAAUCUUAAUUUCAUUGGGUCACCUCAUCACAGCUACUUUGUCAUAAGAGAUUUUUUGAGUUCUUUAUAAUUCAGGCAUCUCACUUUUUUUGUACUUUUUUUUUCUCUUUUCCAUCCAAAUGGUUCAGUCCGAUAGCGCAUAAUAAGAAUGAAUUUCUACGAAUACAACCCAUUUUCAGCUCCUUAACUAACAACCUGAGCCAGUGGGCUGAGCAUGAGGUUUUCCAUGUUGCUGGAAUCAAGGAACAUGAAUUCAGCAAUAAUCUGUUUCCUUUUACAUGCCGGCGGAGCGACUGAACAAAUCUGAAAGCGGCCAUUGUUUUUCAUUUCUGAAAAUGCCAUGUAAAGGAUACAUCAUGCCAAUUAAAUUCCAUUUCUGAAUGCA